AUGGUGUCCGAGAACUCAAUCCAACUGAAAUCGCAAGCAUCACAAAACAACAUGUCGAUUGACUCUGCAGGAAACAGCAUCGUCGUACAUGCCGUUCAAGGUAAAAGGGAAAUAGAACACAAACCACGAUUCCUGGAAUUCACUUGUAGUCACUUCGAGGUUUAUCGCUAUGUUAUACUCGUGACUAAGGCUGUCAUUCCGAAAGCUUUCUGGGGAUGCGAGAAGAAUUUUGAGAUUGUUCAAGGCUGUAUGCACAUUUAUCUCACUCACGAUCAUGAUUCGCUGACGCCUAUCAGAUGUUAA